CGCGCACGCGCGAAGACUGGGGGCUGCCGGCUGUAGGGCUCAGCUCUCCGGGAAUCUCACCUUGGGUGGAGAUGCCUAGCGGGGGUUCGCGACCGGAGGACGGAGCCGCGCCGGUCCCUACGGAGAACUCGAUCCUGCACAAAGAGGAUCUGAGCAGCAAGAUUAAAGAACAAAAAGUCGUUGUGGAUGAACUUUCUAACCUGAAGAAGAACAGGAAAGUAUAUCGGCAGCAACAGAACAGCAACAUAUUCUUUCUUGCUGACCGAACAGAAAUGCUUUCUGAAAGCAAAAUUCUUUUCCCCUUCCUCCACAGAUAUAUUGGAUGAGCUGAAAAAAGAAUACCAAGAAAUAGAAAACUCAGAGAAGACCAAAAUCAAGAAAUAGUCAACUUGAUUUCACAUAACAAUGU